AUGGCUGCUCUGAAGGUGGACUUUGGCUUGCUCCUGGAGCCUCUAGGCUUCAUUAAGGUCCUUGAGUGGAUUUUUUCCAUCUUUGCUUUUGCCACGUGUGGAGGCUUUCAAGGUGAAACUACCCUUCUAGUUUCCUGCAAAGGUCUCGUGAACAAAACAGUUACGGCUGCUUUUGCUUAUCCAUUCAGGUUGAACACUGUUGUGUUUAGUGUGCCAGACCCAAAACGCUGUGGUGGGACUUGGACUGAUGUCAAUCUCGAGGGCGACUUCUCCUCUCCUGCGCAGUUCUUUGUUACGCUUGCAGUGCUGGUGUUCCUCUACUGCAUUGUUGCCCUUGUGGUAUAUAUUGGAUAUAAGCAUGUGUAUCAGCAAAAUAACAAGUUUCCACUAACU